GGCCGGGGCCGGGGCCGGGGCCGCCAUGGGAGCCGCCCGCGAUGCGGAGCAGCAGCAGCCGGGGCCGGGCGAGGCGGGCGCGGACGGCGCCGAGGAGCUGCAGAGCCCCUGGAACAUCAUGAUCAAGCACCGGCAGGUGCAGCGGCGCGGCCGGCGCUCGCAGAUGACCACCAGCUUCACGGACCCGGCCGUGUCCAUGGACCUGCUGCGCGCCGUCCUGCAGCCCAGCAUCAACGAGGACAUCCGCGGGGUCUUCAACAAGUACAUGAAGUUCUUCCAGAAGGCAGCGAUCAACGUGCGCGAUAACGUCGGGGAGGAGGUGGACCCGGAGCAGCUCAUCCAAGAGACGUGUCGGAGCUGCCUGGAGCAGGCCAAACUGCUGUUCUCAGAUGGGAAAAAGGUGGUUCCCAGGCUGCCCCAUGAGCAGACAGUGCCAAAGCGAGCCCGACAGAUGGAUGAGGAGCUGAACCGCCGAGGGAGCCCCAUUCCCAAGAAGAGAAAGGGGCGGCCUCCAGGACAGAGCCUCUUGAACGAUCGCGGGGCCUCCGGCAUAGCUGCGUGGAAGCUCAAAGUCUCUGAGCCCGUGAGAAGGGAUGGACCAAAGUGGGAUCCAUCCCGACUGACUGAAACCACAACCUUUGUGCUGGGAUCUCGAGCAAACAAGGCUCUCGGGAUGGGAGGAACAAGAGGGCGACUCUACAUCAAGCAUCCCCACCUCUUUAAGUACGCAGCCGACCCGCAGGAUAAGCACUGGCUGGCAGAGCAGCAGCACAUGAGGGCCACGGGGGGCAAGAUGGCCUACCUCCUCCUCGAAGAGGACAUCCGGGAUUUGGCUGCCAGCGACGAUUACCGGGACUCGGUGGACCUGCGGCUGGAGGAGCUGAAGCCGUUCGUGCCGCCGGCCUGGAUGACCGAGAAGAUGCAGAAGCACAUGGAAACGCUGCGCCGCGGGGCGGACGCGCCGCCCCCCGAGAGCCCCCCGGAGCCCUGAGCCCCGCCCCUGGACCCCAAUAAAAGCCGCUUCGCACUCGC